CAGCUCAACAACUUUGCUAAUAUAAUCAUAAUUAUACACAAAGAUUCUACGAUUAAUUAAAAUACUACUAAAACAAAAGGCAAAAGAAAAUCUUCCGUGUAAGGUUAUCGAAGAUUCUCACCUUUCCCUUUUAUAUUUAUAUAUAUUUAUAUUUAUAUAUUUGUAUAUACAGCAUGUAUUUUUGUAUACAAUUAUACUCCGUAGUUCCAAUGUAAGCAAUGAUUACGGGAGUAUACGAAUCAUGAAUUCGGACAUUUGUAUUUUGUUGCUGAUCUGUUGAUUCAUUGAGUUUGCUGGCUGGCUGCUUCUGCAGGAGAACUACAGAUCUAUAAGCUUGGAAUAGUUGCAAUAAUGUCAAAGUAAAAGUCAAUGAGGAAAAAAUCUGGGUUCUUUCUAACUGCAUUCUUAUUGUUGAUACUGGGAAAUGAAGAUGGCAACAGAGCUUGUUAAUUCUGCUACAAGUGACAAACUUACAGAAACUGAUUGGAUAAAAAACAUUGAAAUUUGUGAAUUAGUUGCUCGUGAUAACAGGCAAGCUAAAGAUGUUGUUAAAGCUAUAAAAAAGCGCUUGGGAAGUAAAAAUCCAACAGCUCAGCUAUUUGCAGUAACAUUGCUGGAGAUGCUACUGAACAAUAUAGGAGAUUCUGUUCACAAGCAGGUUGUAGAGACUGGAAUUCUCCCAGUUCUUGUAAAGAUAGUAAAGAAAAAGUCAGAUAUACCUGUAAGAGAGAAAGUAUUUCUUCUUCUAGAUGCUGCACAGACAUCUGUUGGUGGGGCUUCUGGGAGGUAUCCUCAAUACUAUUCUGCAUACUACGAGUUGGUGAAUGCAGGAGUAAAAUUUCCUCAAAGACCUCAUGUCAUCCCAAAAGAGCAUCCAAUAUCUUCCAAUGAUAAUAAGAAUAACCCUUGUGUCGAUGAGUUGGCCGCUUCUCACUGUGGAAAGAAUGCACAGCAACCAGAGACUGAAAAAGUUCCAGAUUCUAGUAUUCUGCAGAAAGCCAGUGCUGCACUUGAAGUCUUAAGGGAAGUCAUUGAUGCUGUUGAUAUUCAACAUCUUGAGGGAGCAAGGGAUGAGUUCACACUUGAUCUUGUGGAACAAUGUUCAUUUCAGAAGCAAAGAGUUAUGCAUCUUGCAAUGACUUCUCGGGAUGAUGGUGUUGUUUCUAAAGCAAUUGAACUUAAUGAGCAGCUUGAUAGAGUUCUUUCAAGGCAUGAUGCACUUGUAGCUGGUAGCCCAAUGUCAAUUUCAAUUCCUGCUGGCCAUGAGCAAUCAGAGGAGGAGGAGGCCGAGCAGCUUUUUAGAAGAAUGCGAAAAGGAAAAGCUCGUAUACAACCUGAAGAUGAAGACUGCCACAUAGAUAGACCUAUGGGAUUGCUUGGAUCAUCUGUUCCUGGAAAUAUGCUUCACCGUCCACUCAUAAGGCCAGUGUCUUUAGAGCAGAAACAAGAAAAUGAUAUGGGGAAGGCAGCCGUUACAAUUCCACCACCGCCUGCCAAGCAUGCUGAGAGGGAGAAAUUCUUUCAGGAAAUCAAAUUGGAUGGCUCUACUCUAACAAGGCACGUGAGGGGCCUUUCCUUGCACAGUCGCAAUGCCAGCAGCUCCGGAAGUGGCAGCAUAGAUUUUAGUAACUGAGUGCUGGCUGUGUGCUUCAAAUUAUGGAUUUAUGUGAUUCUGAUUAGAGGCUGGAUGGGGGUGGCGGGAUUGGCGAUUGGAACAUGAUCCUUGAUAUGGAGUUAGAUUAAUGUUGUGCCUAUAGCUAAACAUCUUUUCAAUAUUUUUUUUUGGGGCUUGUGGGUCGGCAUUGUAAAUUGAAAUAGGCUUCCCAACUGGUUUGAAGGAGAUUGAAGAGAGGAUGUGGAGUGGAGUAGUGUUUGUUUUUGCCUUGAUUUUGGCCUCAUAUAUUGUGUUGUGUUGGGCUGUUGGCUUUCUGAACCUUGUGUAUUUCAACUGCUUUUUCUGAGGCUGUAGCAAGUGUUAUCUGAUACCAUAUUUUGCUGUAUCAAAAUCAAUGCAAACUAAAAUUGGAGACCAUACAAUGAUUUGCUUCUUUA